GAUGGCUGGUAGAGAAAAGCUCGGUCGGCGCUGAUGGAGAUAAAGCGGCAGCGCGUGUGUUCGGCGAGUGACACCACCGAAGUCGGUUCCAAACUGGUGUAGAAUCGAGCCGUGCGGCCGUCCGAAGUGUGGAAAUGGAUGGGUAAGAUGUUGUAUCCUGGUUUAACUCAGCACUGACUGAAGGAAAAGGAUUUGCCUGAGAGUACCAAGUAUACUAAACCUACCUCUACCCACCAGACCUUCUCUCCAAGUGUCCUCGACCAGGAAUGGUAAAGGAAGAACAGAGACGCCACCGAGGCAUUAACACUCCAGCAACUUUCCUAAUCCAGAAUCGGAUGAUUUGAUGAUUCACGGCAUGAGGUUUCUGUCUGAACUCUGGAUGGAGAGCUGCUAAUUUACAUGCCUCGGAGUGUGAGUGGAGUUGAGAUGAGGAAACAGCAGCAGGCCCACAUCGAAGGACCCCCACAAGCCCCUGGACACCCGAGGCCAAACACUUGCUGUCUGUGCUGGUGCGGCUGCUGCAAAUGCCUCUGGAAUGAAGAUGGAAGGGAACGUCCAGAGCGCCAAACAUGUACAAAAAUGGACAGCAUAGAAGCAGCAGAUGAGCAGCAUCCCACACUGGAUGAAGUGGUAGCCUGGGCGCGAAGCUUCGAGCUCAUGAUGCGCUCCACAGAGGGCAGAGACUUUUUCAGGCAGUUCCUUCGGUCGGAGUACAGCGAGGAGAACCUGCUGUUCUGGCUAGCCUGUGAGGAACUGAAGAAGGAGACCAACCCGUCAGCUAUCGAUGAGAAAGCAAGGAACAUUUACGAAGAUUAUGUAUCCAUCCUGUCACCUAAAGAGGUCAGUUUGGAUUCGCGGGUGAGGGAGGGCAUCAAUCAGAGCCUGGCCGAGCCCAGCAGCCUGAUGUACGAGGAGGCCCAGCUCCAGAUCUACACGCUCAUGCACAGAGACUCGUUCCCGCGUUUCCUCAACUCGUCUGUUUACAGGGACCUCCUGGAACAAACGAGGGCCUGCUUGGACACCUAAGGUUCCAGCCAAAAAGACACUUGACACACACACAAAAAAAACAAGCCCUACGGUGCCACUAUCGAAAGGUGUGAUGUUUCCUUUUCAUAGAGCGAGUAGUUAAGCAAUUCUUACCGUCCAGUAGUGAGCCUGACGUUCACUUCCUGUAUAAGUGCCAAUACAAGCUGCUCAGCCAACUGUGACAAAAAAAAGAAGCGUGUGAGGAGAAUCAUCUGAGCCCUAACUUCUCGUUCCCAUUUU